AUGUUUGGAUACCAAAAAUGUAUUCUAAAAUUACCUCUUCUGGCAGAUUCCAUUGUCAAUUUGAGAUCACCCAUCCUUUCAGUAUCGCAUAAGCGCAAAGAGCCGCCGGAACUUACCCAGGAUCGGAUAUUGCGUCAAUCUGAAGCCUUGAGUGUAUUGGCAAGACAUCCAAUUGUUCGAGUUCGUUUUUCGUCUGAUCUCCCGAAAAGUGUGCUGGUUAAAUUCCCCCACUCAGAGGGUGAAACAAUUGAGGCUGAGUCGUCUCUUCUUAGAAAUCUUCUUCAUAGGGAGAAUGUCGAUAUAAAAAUAGUCGAGAAUCACUCAACUCUUCCAGUCCUUCAAAUCCAACCAUUACCUUUUGACGACACAUCUGCUACUAAUUCAAUUUCGGCGUCUAAAGGCAAACAGUUGAUGCUUCGAACCAACAUUGAUGAUCAUAUGAUGAGUGUCAAGAUUCGACAGGCCUCCGAAUUCACUGCCAAGGGGCAUGAGGUAACGAUCACUGUUCGCCUCCCUUCGAAACAAUUAAGACAGCUUGCAAACUCUGCUGCCAUUUCAGAGAGAGAAAAGUUUGCGAUGACAAAGAGGCUGUACGACGCCAGCACACAGCGGUUUAUGGACGCGUUUAAAGACUGUAGUUCAAAGCCCGCAAAGUUGGUACUUGGCAAUGACCUUAAAGAAUUCACCAUUAUCUUGUCCGGCCAUCGGUGA